AGGGAUCCCUUCUAGACACGAGUGACGUACAGCCGAGAAUACAGGACAGCAUGGCGAAUAAAGAUCCCGAGGGUUUUCUGCAGCAGCUGCGUCAGAUUGCCGGCAGGAUGGGGUCUGGCCCCCGAGGUGCUGGGCUGGGCUUGAAGCUGCUCAUCGGAGCUGGAGCCCUCGCCUACGGGGUCAAAGAAGCCACAUACACUGUGGAUGGUGGGCAGAGAGCUAUUAUCUUCAACAGAAUUGGAGGGAUGCAGAUGGACACUGUGCUUUCAGAAGGACUGCACUUCAGGAUACCGUGGAUCCAGUACCCCAUCAUCUAUGAUAUUCGAGCCAGACCCAGGAAGAUUUCAUCCCUCACUGGAAGCAAAGAUCUUCAGAUGGUGAACAUUGGUCUCCGUGUGCUGUCCCGCCCCAUUGCCUCCAACCUGCCAGCCAUGUACCAGCAGCUGGGGAAGGACUACGACGAGCGUGUGCUUCCUUCAAUCGUCAAUGAGGUGCUCAAGAGUGUGGUGGCCAAGUUCAAUGCCUCCCAACUUAUCACACAGAGAGCCCAGGUGUCACUGCUCAUAAGGAGAGAGCUAAUCGAGAGGGCUAAAGACUUUAACAUCAUCCUGGACGACGUGGCCAUCACAGAGCUUAGCUUCAGCAAGGAAUAUACCGCCGCUGUAGAGGCCAAACAAGUCGCCCAGCAGGAAGCCCAGAGGGCUCAGUUCUACGUGGAGAAGGCCAAACAGGACCAGAGACACAAGAUUAUCCAGGCUGAGGGUGAAGCUGAGGCUGCUAAAAUGUUGGGUCAAGCUGUUACGAAGAACCCUGGCUACCUAAAACUCAGGCGCAUCAGAGCUGCACAAAGUAUCGCCAAAACGGUUGCAACCUCUCAGAAUAAGGUGUACCUGAGUGCGGAUAGCCUGGUCUUGAACCUCCAAGACAACUACUUUGACAAGCUGUCAUUGGGGAAAUGAGAUGCAUCAUCCAUGGAGAACAUCUCCAUAUGUUAGCAGUGUUGAGCCACUAUACUUGUGCCCUACUUCUAAACGUGACCGUGUCCCUGAGUAGAGCAUCUUUUUACAGUUCUGUUGGGGCUCAGAUAAGAUUUGGGCUGGGCAGCCAUGAUCAUUUACAUGCACUUACAUACCCAUUUAUACUCAGUUGUUUGUCAUUUAGCAGGUUUUUUGGUUGGGUCUUUUGGUUGAUUGGCUGGUGAUUUAAGCUCCAGAAUUGGCACUGUGGUAUCAGGUGGCAUUAAAUAUUAAAAGUGUACACAAAACACAGAUGGGUUUUCUAACCUUUGAAACAAUAUCUUGAUCAUGUUAUAAGUGAAGGUCAUUUAUUCCUAGAUGUCAUAAUGAAGACAUACAAAUAAGAACCUUAAGAUGCUAACAAACAGUGUUGCCAGGGUCCCAGUUUUCCCACCCAAUUGGGCUAAUUUGAAAAUGCAGUUGCAUUUUGUUUAGGCUAUUUUUAAAGUAUACCGUGGCUUUUGAUGGUAGACUCUAGAAAAAUUAAAAUGUAACAUCUUAUUGAUGGAUAAUGAUAAUGGGAUUGAAUACCUGGCAACUGCAAGCAGUAUUGAAGAGUUAAGAAAAGGCGAUACAAUCUGAUACCUAUCAAGGCCAGUAUCGCCAAUACCGAUACUUCUGUUAAAUGGGAUUUUUUUGCAAAUUCUUAGGAUAAAAUGGAUAAUUUAAAAUAUUAAUGCCAUAAUUUGUUUUAUUUUUACAUUAUUAGACUUCUGUUUUGUUUACCCAACCAAAUUAACCAUGCCUUUACUACUAUAAAUAGUGUAACCAUGGUAUUUGUUGUAAAAUCAUAGCAACCACAAAAUUAACCAUGGUUACUACAGUCAUGGUUACUGCAAUAUUACUAUAUAAAACCAUGGUUAAUUUUCAUAAGUGUAUAAUUUUUUAUUAAUUACAAAACAUGAUCAAUGUUAUAACUUUUAAUUUAACCCUAAAAAGGUUUUUGUAUCCUGGGGAAUACAAACAUUUAAGAGACUGGGGAGAGGAGCAAUGAGUGGGUCCCUGCAAAAACUGAGACAUGUGACUUUGUAUAUAAAAUCUGGAAUCAACUCAAUCUUUAUCUAAAAGUAAAAUGGCAGCAUUUUUUUGGAGAAGGAGGCUGACCUCGAGGCAAACGCUCCUAUCUUUUCCAUGUUAUUAUCAUGAUUUUUACAAGCUGUAAAAUUGAAAAUAAAAGUUGCAUUUUUUUUUUUAGAGAAAACAAAACAAAAAAACCUGGAAAUAGCUUAUGUGGGCCCUAAUAUGUUGGAAAAUAGCAUUUAAUACAUUUUCAGAUGUACCUUUUAUAUUCUUGCCCAUUUAGGAUUUAAUAAACUUCACACAAAUCCAUUAUCAUAAA